AUGGUGCGGAAUCUUGGAUAUGCUCUUAGAGCAAUUUCCUUGAUAUCACACUUAACUAAUGCUUUGACUAUCGAGAGGAGAGCUCUUGUCAUACCUUCCAAUCUUCCAGGUAAUUGGACAUCUCAAGGAUGUUAUGUGGAUGUUGGCCGCACCCUGACUGGCGGAGGGUAUGAUGACAAUGUGGCUAUGACCGUUGAAUCCUGCAUUUCUUAUUGUACUACUGCCGGUUUUACAUAUGCUGGGACAGAAUACUCAACUCAGUGCUUUUGCGGUAGCUCUCUGGCAACAGGAUCAGGACUGGCCGCUUCCGGGGACUGCUCGAUGGCUUGUUCAGGCAAUGCCACAGAAGCGUGUGGCGGUCCAAACAGAUUGAACCUUUUCUGGAGCGGCACAACCGGACCACAAAUCAAUCCUGGAAAUGGAAGCUGGACCUUCUCUGGAUGCUACGCAGAAGGGACCACUGGGCGAGCUCUGACCUAUGGAGCUACCACAACCGGCGGGUCGUCAUUGAUGACAGUUGAUCUCUGCUUAUCCGCAUGCCAAACAGCAGGCUAUCCGCUUGCUGGAGUGGAAUACUCUGGAGAAUGCUAUUGUGGCGACGCCAUUGAGAAUGGAGGUGCCCUCGCUCCAGAUGGGUUGGCUGGUUGCAAUAUGCUUUGCAAUGGCAACCAUUCCGAAUUCUGCGGUGGCUCCUCUAGACUUGGUGUUUAUGAUUAUAAAAAUGAUGUGUCAUUGCCUCCGUAUACAUCGACCUCAACCUCCCCCACAAGCUCAGUAAGCUUGCCGGUCCAGCCUACAACUUCCCAAUCAGCGACGUUAGUGAGCUCUUCGGCUUUAUCUCCAGUCUCCUCUUCUCCUGCGGCCGCAGCCCCAAGCCUUGGGCUGAAGAACGAAGUUGGGACCUAUUCAUUCUUGGGAUGUUAUACCGAAGCAACCAACGGUCGGGCACUCUCUGCCGCUUCAUUCUAUGAUUAUACUGCGAUGACAUUGGAAGAUUGUGCAGCAGACUGCGCUAGUCAUACUUACUUUGGUGUUGAAUAUGGAGGAGAAUGUUACUGCGGCGAUACUAUCAAUACUGGAUCUGUUCUUGCUACCAAUCAAGAGGAUUGCAGUUUCGUAUGCGCAGGCGAUGAGUCCGAAUACUGUGGUGCCGGAAAUAGACUGGAGAUGUACUCGCGAGGCUCAGCAGUGGCCUCUAGCACUUCUGGAACAGGGACAGUCGUACCUACAUCAGUCGUCUCUAGCUCUUCGACAAUACCCAUCUCCGUUAGCAAGCCAGUCCAAACGGGCUUCCCUGCCAACUGGACAUACCAAGGAUGUUACGUUGAUGGUACUAAUGGCCGUAUUCUGAACCACCAAUUGGAUGAUAACCAACAACUCACUCAACAGUCAUGUGUUGCAGCGUGUGUAGCAGCAGGAUAUACAAUUGCAGGAAUGGAAUACGGCAUCCAAUGCUUCUGUGAUAAUCAAAUUUAUAAUGGGGGUGCUCUUGCUGCUGCCCAAACAGACUGCAAUAUGGCCUGUGGAGGUGAUUCAACCGAGAUGUGCGGCGCAGGAAACAGGAUGUCACUGUAUUCUCUUGGAACUCCGCAAGCCUACCAGGCGCCAUCUAUUCAGAAAACUGGCUUACCUGCAAACUGGGUAUACCAAGGAUGUCUCCAGGACAACAUUCCUUCAAAGGAAGAUGCAAACGAGAUUGUAUCGACGUUCCCCUACCAGGUCUGGAAUAACGCUUCCAACACGCCAACUGCGUGCAUUGAACAGUGUCAACUGUUUGGUUACAACGCCGCUGGAUUGGAGUACGGUUCCGAGUGCUACUGCGGUGACGUCGAGAAUAUUUAUGUUGCCUCAGCUCCGGGCGUGUCAACAGAUCCAAGCGCCAUCCAGUAUUACACUCGAAGUGCCCAGCCACAAACUGUUGAUGAUUCACAGUGCAAUUCUGUCUGUUCUGGUGAUGGUCAACACCUCUGUGGGUCGGGAAACCUGUUGACAUGGUAUGCCUAUGAAGGCCCCACUCCUCUCUACAACUGGGAAUUCCCCACAGGUGAUGCCGCUGGGACAUACACAUUUUUGAUUGGCGGUGUUGUCGUCCCCCUAAUGACCUCACAAGUGGUAACUGGAAAGGUCACCUUCACCGAGAAAUAUGGCUCUGGUGAGCCAAAUGGAACCGGAGCUUAUGAGCUUGAUCUCACUGAGAUUGACAACUGGGAUCUCGCUUGGAGGUCAAUGACUGGAAUGCAGACCGACGUGUUUUGCUCUGCUGGAGUCACGUUGCCCGAUAAAGCCGGACGGCAGGUUACAAUUGGAGGAUGGGCCGGCGAAUCAAACUUUGGUAUCAGGGUCUAUUGGCCUGACGGAUCUGCUGGAGUCCCGGGCAAGAAUCAAUGGGCAGAGGACCCUGGUGUUCUUUCGCUACAAGUCCCACGAUGGUACCCAACAGCUAUGAUAAUGGCUAAUGGAUCCAUGCUCAUUGUGGGCGGUGAGAUUGGAAGCAAUGAUGCCGAACAGCCCACGCUUGAACUUCUCCCGGCGACGGGUGUGCCAGAUCCAUCUACAACAAGCGGUUAUUCUAACACAACUGUUUAUUUGGAAUUCCUCGAUCGGACCGCCCCUUUCAACCUCUACCCGUACACCUGUGUUAUCCCAUCUGGUAUCUUUAUUGCAUAUUACAACGAGGCGCGAAUCCUGGACGAGGUAACAUUUGAGACAAUCAAGACACUGCCGAACAUUCCUGGUGCUGUCAAUGACCCGACCGGUGGACGUACUUAUCAACUGGAAGGAUCUAUGGUCCUGUUACCUCAGCAUGCACCAUACACUGAUAAUCUACAAGUCUUAAUCUGUGGUGGUUCUACUUCUAAUGGUGGAUAUCCUAUUGACAACUGCGUGUCAACCGCACCGGAAGAUCCAAAUCCUACGUGGACUAUUGAAAGAAUGCCCUCCCGGCGAGUUAUGCCUUGCAUGGCAGGUCUCCCUGAUGGAACUUACCUCAUCCUGAAUGGCGCUCAGCACGGUGUUGCUGGGUUUGGCCUGGGCGGUUCUCCGAAUUACAAUGCCAUUCUCUAUGAUCCUACCAAGCCAAUCAACAAUCGUAUGAGUGUUAUGGCAAACACGACAGUCGCUCGUCUUUACCAUUCAGAGGCUAUUGUACUGCUUGACGGACGAGUUCUGGUUUCCGGAUCCGAUCCCACUGGCGAUUACACAGACCCUGGCGGUGAGUGGCCUGAAGAAUACCGCGUUGAAGUGUUCACGCCACCUUACCUGCUGUCCAACCUCCCACGACCAACAUUUACCCUUUCAAGCACAGAUUGGGACUGGGGCGAGACGAUUACUGUUACGAUUACUUCUGGUGCUAUUCCUGCCGCCAACGUUAGGGUCUCGAUGCUAGGAUCUGUAGUGAGUACUCACGGGAACGCUAUGGGGCAAAGGACCAUCUUCCCGGCUGUAUCCUGUACAGACAAUGUCUGCCAGGUCACAGCUCCACCCGAUGCCCACACUGCGCCACCAGGUUGGUUCAUGUUCUUUGUGCUUGACGGACCUACCCCAUCCGUAGGCCAGUUCAUCCGCAUUGGCAAAGACCCGGCUGGAUUUGGCAACUGGCCAGCGAACCUUCCUGGUUUCGAUCUACCUGGUGUUUAG